AUGGCGUCGCCUUCUUCUUCUGUGUUUAACUCUCUCCAGGUGUGCGACUUCCACGGACGUGCGGUGGCACACCCGCAGGAAUCAGUCGAUUCUUCAGCCUUGGCGGCGUGCUUCAUGUCCGGCAGCCUCGAGCAGCACCUCGUCUUCACGGGAUUGGUCGGGGCCGGCCCUGACUUGGAUUAUCUGACCACCACCGUCUACUUCUCGAUCAACUCUGGGCGCCCGCUCGCGAGAGCCGCCGGUCCAAUGCAGGUGGGGGAGGACGAGCGCGUCUACGUGGCCGUGAAAUUCCCUACCAUGAACGAGCUCUGGCCGGAGAUCUACCAAAACGUCGCCGUUGAGGUGGUGCAGGUGCGCUUGUUUCCUUCUAUUCUUUUCUUGUCCGUCAACGGAAUGAAUGCGUAG